AUGGCGACCCCCUCGUCCACCGCGACGACCCCCUCACCCAGGCCGCGGUAUCUGCACUCGCCAGGAGACGCGUCGUCUUCUACCUCCGUGCCUAGCGGCACCUCAGCUCAUGCGACAGAUGAUAGAGAACGCGUAGUUCAGAAACUACGCACGCAAGCAGAGCUCAACAAGCUGGCUCUAAACCUGCGUGCUCGUCUCUCGUACGCCAACUUCAAGGUCAAGAACAACUCGACCAAUAACACGCUAUUAGAUCUGGAUUCCCAGCUCCAUGCAGCCGCUAAACACGCCGCGAAUGGGAAGACACCCACCAAGCCUGCCUCCGGUACCUUCUUCGGGAUUCCAGGCAGUCCUAGUGCGGGUCAGUCCUCGCGGUUAGCAGCGCGUAGGGGGUCAAUGGCACCGCCGCCGCCGGUGACUGCUUCCGCUGCGCAGAGCUUGUUCUCCUCCCUACUGGCGCCUCCUCCCGCCAAGCGCGCUCGGACCAUCCACAAUCCUGACGACCCGCCCGUCGCGGCUCCGGAGAAGGCAGUAGAACAUGUCCGUACUCCCCAUCGAACGACGAAGGUCGCACGCACACCAGACUCCCAUGCGAAGUCGAAGACUAAGAAAGGCGCUAAGGACAAGGCGGGCGCUCCACCAUCGGGCAAGGGCAAGGGCAAAGGCAAAGCGAGACAACGCGUCACCGCUGAGGGAAGCUUCGAGCCGCAGUCCGAAGCAUUUGGGAAUGGUGACAUCGACGUCGAGGCCGCGAAGACUCUGACACACUUCCUUCUGGCACAUCGGCCGUCUGUCUCCGCCACCGCAGGAUCGCCACGCUCCAGUAUAUCAGCGGGGUCGGAUCCAGGUUCUGCACAGUCCUUCCCUCAUUAUGCUCAGAGCGCUACGAGGUUGGGUCCUGGGAGUUCGGCGCAGGAGUCUCCUUUCGCUGCUGGCGACUCGCAUUCAGCCGCCACGCCUCCGCACUCUCCCGCGUUAUCACAACCCUCGCCUGCUCUCUCGCAUGCGAUGGCAUACCGACAGAGCGUCCAUCCAGGCAGCAACCUCCGACCAGAGGGCGGCGGCACACCCAAGAUGGCGUCUCGGGAGCGCGUAGGAAGCCUCGAGGACACGGAUGCGGCCGGCAUGCUUCUUCUCAUGGCCACUUCACCGUCACCGGCUCGGCCGACGUCGACGCGAGAUCGGGAAGCGAGAGACGCUGCCGCGUUCCAAGCUCUCCGGGGCGGGAGCACAGGCCUCAAAGGCCGUGUCCUAUUUCCGACAUAUGAAGGCGGAGAGGGCGGAGGGCGGGGUCAUGCUCGGACGCUUUCGCGGGAGAUGAGCGGCAGUUUCGCCUCGGUUUCCAGCGUCGCGACGGAGCCCGUGUCUCCUCGUACGGUGCCUGCGAGGCGGACGGCCGAGCAACCGCGGGCUUCCACUUCUUCGAGUACUCUGGUUGAGUCGACAAGCAGCGGUACUCGACUGGAGGUGCACAUGCCGAUGCUUCCGACCAUCACCCCUCCGACGCCGACGGACCAGAUGCCUUCACAGCUGCUUCCCGCUGCGCCUCAUUCGCCCCGCCAAGGCUCUACCGAGCGGCGACAACCACCGUCAAUAGCGCCACCUGCCAGCAUGCCCCCUCACACGCCCAAUGCCUCGUUUAGUCUCAGUGACUACGUCAAUGUCUCCCCGUCGCCCGCAGCCGCCUUGCAACAAGCACAGCCACGACAACCGUCGCAUGGUCCGUCGCAAAUCGGGAGACGGUUGUUCGAGGAGCAUCCAGCGCCAAAUAGCAGCCCGUCACGUCGCGUUCAUCAUCCGUCACGUCCGCCACCGUCUUCGCCGUCGCCCUCACACAAGAGCGGCGGGCUAAGUGCGGGCGUAGACCUUGUAUAGAGCCUAUCGCCCCCGACUGUCCGGUCGCGGCUUGGUUUCUCGGCCACUCAUGCAAAUGACUCCAAUGUAUCGGUCUUCCCCCGUUCCCUGACGCCUUACAAGACGGCAGACGGACUCAUCGUGUAUCCC